GAAGAUCAUCGCCUCACCGCCAGCAAAGAAGAGAAAGGGAAAAAAAACUGUUGCCUUUCCCUUCUUUCUUUCCUUCCUUUCCCGACCAGGCAACAGGAGACUCCGGGAAGGCGAGAGGUUUCCCUCUCGGUUCUGGGCAGGGACCGCCUGAGCAAGAGACUCCUGGUAUAAAGUUAUCCAAAGUCGCGAUGGCCCCGGAGGCUGGAGCCCUCGGCUUACUGGCGGCGAUCGUCUCCUUCGUCGCGCCCUCGGCUGCCUUCCUGGGAGUAGCUCGUGGCCAGUUCUCGGCAGGAGGUUGCACCUUUGAAGAUGGCCCGGGACCCUGUGAUUAUCAUCAGGACCCCUAUGAUGAUUUUGACUGGGUACAUGUUAGUGCUCAAGAGCCUCAUUAUCUACCCCCUGAGAUGCCUCUUGGUUCCUACAUGAUAGUGGAUUCUUCACACCACAGCCACGGAGAAAAGGCUCGGCUUCAGCUUCCUACCAUGAAAGAGAACGAUACCCACUGUAUCGAUUUCAGCUACCUUUUGUACAGUAAGAAAGGGACAAGCCCUGGGACUCUGAACAUCUUGGUUAGGGUGAACAAAGGCCCUCUGGCAAACCCCAUUUGGAACGUGACCGGCUCCACUGGCAAAGACUGGUUACGGGCGGAGCUGGCUGUCAGCACCUUUUGGCCAAAUGAAUACCAGGUAAUGAAAAGUGAUGAAAAGUGUUUGUAUCCACGACCAGCAUGCAAAUUUGUCCACCUCUUGGCCAUGCAUCCUUAAGACAUCAUUAGAAAAGGAAGAUCAUACUGCAGCACAAAAAUAGUGAGAGGCUGUCAAUGAAUAUUCCAGGUGUGUUAUACCUGUCAAUUCCUCUGAAUCUCUGGAAAUGGGACCAGAAGGUAUUUCCAAAGGUUUGGGAUGUGGCAUUGAUAGAAAUAUUCACUCAUUCCCAGCAGCUGCUAAGAAUAGCUAUCAGUGUCUUUUAUAGGUGGAGAUAGAUUGGAUAUUUGUUUAUGCACAACAACAAAACAAAUACUAAGGGAAAAUAAAAUCUUUCCCAUUUCUCUCCAUCAAAAGAAAUGUAGGUCAGAUGCAUUUGUUUACACCAG